CCCAGUUUCAAUUCUGCACGGUAUAGCACGCACGAAAAAGGACGACAAGACUCUCUCCCAAGAGUCUCCAGCUUGUAGUUUGUACAUACAUCUUUCGCCCUUUUUCCCUCCUCGGUAGCAUCACGUUGCCCAUUUUGGGCCCUACAUUCUUGCCCUCCAAUUCCUCACAGUCUGCGAUUUCCGUCCAACAUCCUUGAGUACUAACUAGUGUACCGCGGACGGGGAUACCUGCUACCUGUGGCCUGAGCCCAAUUCGACUUCAACACCAAACAAGAAAGGGUCGGUAUCAACACAUCAACUGCCCAUCUCCUGCGGUCAACCUACCUAUUCGAUAACUACUCCGGGUCUUUACCCCCCCGGGCACCUGAUUACUCACUUACCGGAUAUCGUGACGGCCCGGGUAUAACCUGACUGCCAAAAACGCCCGCCAACCCUGAACCCAAGGCUGGAAACGUGGAACCUCAAUUCACCUUUACCCCAUACCUCACCUCCACUAAUCAUCCCAUGUCUACCAGUGCUUGCGUGUAUACACAUGGGAUAUUGUGCUAGCACCAAAUAGCACCGGGCCUACAGCAGCAAAAUACUACGACACGCCACGAUUCCAAGGUCCUCCAAGGUCCCCUCCUGUCGGUCCCCGUCCCCCGAUUCCCCGGACCAUCUCCCUAUCGUCACCUUUCGCCAGGUCGCGCGUCGGCGCUGCGCCUGCUACACCACUAACCAAAUCUUCGUCCCGGUCGCCCAUGUGACCUUUCUAGGUUCACCUGCUUGGGCCUGUUUUCGCUCUCUUGGUUUCCGAAUCCUGUCUCUUUCUUCUUUGGAAAGGUUCGGUUGGUAGCGGAUAUUCCUUCAGUCCUUUCAAGAGGUUCACGAUAAGGUAUCCCCCCUCCCAUCCGUCCUGUCCUUUGACCAUCAACACCCAAAGCGCGGGAACGAACGACGGGGAGCCUGCAAUCCUGCUGGAGAUUCAGGAAAAAUUGUGGCCUAGCUCGAAUGUCAAAUGCGUCUUUGCGCGCCUUUCGCCAACAGCAGCAUCACGAUCACCACCACUCCAUCCCCCAAAAGCUGCCUGCUGGUGUCUCACUCCAGCCUCCAGUUCAGCGUCUACCCCUACCCUUGAUACUAUCGAGGUUUCCGUGUCUACGUCUAGGUUUUAUAGUCGUAGAUCGCAAAGUCGCAAGUCACAUUCGUUUUUUGUUGCGUACAGUAUCACUGCACUUCCAAUUUUGGCUCCCCAGCUCACCCACUCCGCGUCGGUCACCACCGAGAGGACGUAUAUCGAGGAAUAGCUUUCUGUGUCGUGUAUCUCAGAUCCUGCGUUCGUAUCAGACAUAUCACUUUCCCCGCUGGGUAUUCCCCCCCGGCUUGGGUGGCUUGGUGGAUCGCCAGGCGCAACGUCCAGUCCAGUCCCGUCCAGUCUUCUCAGGCUCUCCAGCCGCAGCGCCGUGCCGGUUGGGAGCGAGCAAGCAAGCAAGCACCGGCAGCAUUCAUACUGAGACGACGACCGUAACCGACCCCGUCCCUACUGGAGCAUCUUCUCCCUGCCGGUGGAAAUAAUGCAUCCGUCCUUCCUGACCUCCGGCAUUAUCGAUCUGCUCGAGGCCGACCAGCGCCCGUCCUUCAUCGUCGCCCUAACCCCGCACCCGCCCACCAUCGUCUACACGAAUCCCGCUCUCGAUGCAGACGCCCGCCUCCCGGACGCCAUCACCACCCGCAAGCGCAACAAUGUCCAGCUAUGGGAAUGGCUUACAGACCUGUCCGAUGUCUGCCCCAGUGGCACCGGCCAGGCAGCUGCCAACUUCUCCUUCAUGAACAUUUACUGGACCCGUACCAUCGUUCGCCCUGACAUGGUCGUUGUGGGCGCAAAUGACCAACCGCCCUUCUCUGAACCACCGUCACAAAGUCGAGUCGACGAAGCCUCGCCUGUCGGAAGCACGGUCCCUCCCCCGGUGCGCCUGAUUCCUGUCAAGGAUGAUGCGCCCGAGUCUAUCCAGACGUCUGCUGCUACCACGGCUAGUACCACCACCACCGCGGCUACCCUUGCAGUACCAUCCUUAACAUCCUCGAUGAGCCUGGCACCUCCCGACUACACAUCACUUAGCCGGACCAGAUCUGGACCGCCAACUCUUCCUUUGGGCUCGGCCGAGUACCCACUGGCUUCCCCAGAGAUGAUCCAAUCUCUCAAGCGCUCGACUACGGACCCGGGUUGGAUUCUACCAGAUAUUUUACCAGAAACACGGUCAUUUCUCGAAGUGAUACACAGUGUCGAUUGGGCCGCAACGCCACUGGGGCCUAUAAAAGACUGGCCUCCGACUUUAGAACAGACCUUCCACCAAAUACUCGCUGACAGUCGCCCAAUUGCCAUCUACUGGGGCACCAACUAUGUGACCCUCUACAACGAGGCAUUUAGUAAACUAUGCGGUUCCAAACAUCCGUCACUACUUGGAAUGACUGUGGAAAAUGCGUGGCAGGAAGCCGGCGAACAGCUGAAGGAUGCCAUGUCGCGUAUAGCACGGAAGGAAGACCCGACGAUCGAGGAUGAAUGGAGGUUCUUCAUCGAAAGGGAACCCGAGGUGGAAGGAGGUCCUCACUGGCUUGAAGAGACAUACUUGAAAUGGUCGCUCGUCCCUAUUCUCGAAAAGGAACGAUGCGUAGGAUUUAUACAUCCGGUUGGGGACACAACUAGUGUGCGAUUAUGGGAGCGGCGCAUGCAGAUGCUCGUUGAGCUUGGUGAGGACCUGCCUGCCGCACGCGAUGUGAAUGGUUACUGGAACAAGACACUUCAGGAACUUGCCGACGUCGAUCCUUGUUACGAUAUACCGCUUGCGAUUCUGUACAGCGUGGAGGCUUUUGAAGAGGGAAGUGCUAUGAAAAUCGGCAGCGAUGGUCCCACAAAGCAAUGCAGACUGGCCGGAGCUUUGGGAGUGCCAGAAGGCCAUCCGAUUGCUCAAACCGCGAUCAACCUUAGCACGAAUGAGCAUGCUCUAGCACCAGCGCUUAGGGAGGCCGUAACAGCACACCAGCCACUUCUUCUUCAGACCAAGGACGGCACGCUUCCGCAGGAGUAUCUCCGUGGUCUGCAGACGAGAGGUUUUAAAGAUGAUCCGUGCCGGGCUGUCGUGAUCAUGCCGAUUCGGCCGACAAAGAAGGAAGACGCAAUGGGGCUACUUCUUCUGGGUCUAAACCCAAGACGCCCUUACGACAACGACUAUCGUCAAUACAUACUACUCUUGAGUCAAAAACUUACCACUUCUCUGGCCUCCGUGGUCCUUCUUGAGGAGGAAGCACGAAGAGGACGCAAUGCGGCAGAGCAGGCUGCUUAUGAUCAAGCCAUGCUCAAAGAAAAGCUGGCCAUCCAAACAAAGGAAGCGAACGAGUCAAUAAAGAUGUUUGAGGCUCUUGUUGAGUUCGUUCCGGUCGGCAUGUGUUUCGGCGAUCCCCAAGGAAACAUAACCUUUGCGAACGACGCGUGGUACAAGAUGACAGGCUUCCCAGGGAAAUGCCCCAUCAGAAACAGUGGCUUCCUUGCCUGUGUCAAGGAAGAGGACCGCCAAAACAUUCUCACCGCACACGAGAAACUGAAGACGGAGCAUUACGUUGAAUACGAAUUCAGGGUAAAGCCAAAAAACCUCACGAACGUCACUCCAUCUCUAACCCGCAACUCUCCGAGCUUCGAGAAAGCAGGUCUGGAUCUCGUCCCUAUCGAUCAGUCUAAGGAACGCCAUAUUUUUGCCACGGCGAAAGCAGAGCGCGCCCCGGAUGGAAGCAUCAUACGGACCAUGACAUGCUUGACAGACGUUACGGCACACAAGCACGCUGCUGAAGAGGCGGUUCGACGAGCACAACAGGCUGAGAACCUCAAAAGAAUGGCCGAAUUCGCAACAGUUGGCAUGUACGAUAUGGACCUUGAGGGGCGCCUUCUGGGUGCCAACAAUGUUUUCUACGAAAUGUGCGGAUUGCCAAAAAUCGAUCCAACCGAGGUCACGAUUAGACCGUUAGAGACGUGCGUCUUAGCAGAGGAUGUGGGCUUGGUGACGAAGAAACUCAAGAAGAUGGUCGCCGAGGAUAAAGUUCAGAAUGUGGAAGUCAGACUCCGCACAACAUGGACUGCCGAUGACGGUGCGGGCCACAAGAUGGUUAUGCCGCGAUGGGUACAAGCGACGCUGAUGCCUGUACGAUCGGCCGAGGGUGUCAUACAAACCUUCACUGGUUGUCUGAGUGACGUUUCGUUACAAAAGUGGCAGUUGGAUAGGGAGAAACAACGGAAAGAGGAGGCAAUCGAGUCCAAGCGCCAGCAGGAGAACUUUAUCGACAUGACUUCCCAUGAGAUGCGCAACCCCCUGAGCGCUAUAAUACAUUGCGCAGACGCCAUCACAGCCACGCUCUCGCGCGUUCAGGAGCUUGUCGGUGGCGACCAUCAUGGGAGCGACAGCGAUGCGCGGAGCUAUGUGAGCGAAGGUACUGCAGACAACCAGCCAAACCACGAGCUUCGUGCAGAGGUUUGUGAGCUGUUGGACAACGGCAUCGACAGUGCAGAGACUAUAGUUGGGUGUGCUCAACAUCAGAAGCGCAUCGUUGAUGACAUUCUCACAAUGUCGAAGCUCGACUCCAAGUUGUUGGCUAUUACGCCCAUCACCGUGAACCCGGUUCAGAUGGUCAAGGAGGCGCUCAAGAUGUUCGAAGUCGAGGCUCGGAGAGUCGAUAUCAACCUAAGCAUGGUUGUUGACCAGUCAUAUUACGAUCUUGGCGUCAAAUACCUGGACUUCGAUCCGUCACGCCUGAAACAGGUUCUCAUCAAUCUACUGACCAAUGCUCUAAAGUUCACCAAGACUGGUCCAACCCGCAACGUCACCGUCGGGCUAAGUGCGAGCUUGACACGCCCAACCGAGGCCACCAGUUCGGUACAGUUUAUCCCAAGGUCCCAGGAGAGUCACGCCGAGGAUAGCGAUACAGCAAGCGUCCAUGACCGUGGAGAACCCAUGUUUCUCCUCUUUGAAGUCAAAGAUACAGGCCAGGGUCUGACAGAAGACGAGAAGAAGAGUCUCUUCCAGCGCUUCGUCCAGGCGUCCAGUCGUACCCAUAUCAAGUACGGAGGCUCGGGUCUUGGAUUGUUCAUCAGCCGUCGGCUCACGGAACUCCAGAACGGCGCCAUUGGAGUGGCCAGUCAACCGGGUGUCGGUAGCACCUUUGCUUUUUACAUUGAAGCCCAUCACCCCAGUGAGAGGUCUCUCCGUGAUGCUGAGGCGACGGCGGUGGCAGCAAAGGCUGUCAUGUCAGCAGACUUGAUGACCAAGGCUCCAAAUAUCCGCUCGAUGCGCCCCAGUAAUCCUCAUAGGGGUUCGACAUCGUCGCCGCGGCCAAGCCCUGUACCAUCCAGUCCUGUAGUUGAGCUUGGCGGAUUGGUAACACCGCCACCCCAGAUUCGUGGCAUCAUGGUUGUUGAGGACAACCUGAUCAACCAGCAGAUCACGCGACGUGGUCUCAGCAGUAUGGGAUUCACUGUUGAUGUAGCAAACCAUGGCCUGGAAUGUCUUGAUAAACUGCAGCGGACUGACCGCUAUGUGAGCGACCAGGGUUCUGGCACUGCCCUGCCCAUGAACGGCAGCAUCAAUAACAAAGGCGCCCUUCCCGCUCUGAAUGGGACCAUCAGCCCAUUGUCACCGCCAGUCAGUGGCAGUUUCCUGAAUCAAAGCCAAGCACCACCAGCAACGACAACAAUAGCCACACCAGCCACCAAGUUCCCCUUGUCAGUCAUCCUCAUGGACAUCGAGAUGCCCAUCCAGGAUGGGCUCACGUGCACGCGCAACAUUCGUGAGCUGGAACGCCAGGGCAAGAUAACGGGCGGGAGGUUACCAAUUAUAGCCGUCAGCGCCAACGCCCGCAUAGAACAAAUCCUCGAGGCCAAGGAGGCCGGAUGCGAUGACGUGCUGAUUAAGCCAUAUCGGAUGCCGGAACUGCUGGAGAAGAUGCGGAUCGUCAUGGGAACGGUUGCUAAUGCUAAUGCUGCUGCGGCGGCGGCGGCGGCUGCUGCUGCUGCUAGUGCUGGUCCUGGUGCUGGUCAGACAGGUUCAGCUUCAAGCUCGGCUGCUUCAGGGUCAGGAUCGCCAGGUGGAUUCGGCGGGCUCGGCGAGCCUGUUGUUCAAAGACAGAUACAGACAGGAGAGAAGGAACACAAACAGGAUAUAACAACGCAAGCACAGACAGGAAGUCAGAGCCAAAGCCAGCGGCAGCAAGGAAGCGAGGAGCAUAACAAGCAGGCAGCUGGGCAGUCACAGGCACAAGCACAGGCGCAGGCGCAGACACAAGCACAUACGCAGACGCAGACGCCGAAUCAAGGACUUUCACCCGAUGGCAAGCCGAUAGAAACCCCAUGGACCUCCCCCUCCCCCUCCCCAAAGCAAACAACACAAACCAAGGUGGAGUUGGUAUCGAUGCAGCAGCUGAGUCCGUGACUCGGUUUUCUCAGAUCAUCCGUAGCCUUGGGUCGACAUAAGUCAGCUAUUUGGUAGAUAGGGCUCGGACGGUUGGGGUGACAGCUUGGGAAGGGUUAGGCUCAAGCUUGGGCGUUUCAACUUGGGAGUUGGGAAGUUGGGAGUUGGAGAUGGGCGACUGACGGAAAGCUUGAAAUGUGCGUGGGUGUACGAGAAGGAAGAAAGGGAAAAUCGGUCGGCAUUGUUGUUGGUGUUAGUUGUUCGAACAAUUGCGGGGCCAGAGCCAGCUAGAGCCAUCCCGAGCCCGGAAAAGCAUAUUGUCAGUAUAGAUUUUAAGUCUGCUUUCUUGGUUUUGAUUAUGUUGCUGCGGUUGCUGUUGUCUGUUUGCUUUCGUGGUUCCGUCAUCUUCCGUAAGAGCGCGCCUUGUGUUCCUCCUCUUUGUUAUCGUCGUCGUCUAGCAUUGCUCUAGCAUUUAGAAACGGGUCCCCUGGUCUCGUUCGGCCGA